UUUUUAGAUUCAUGAAAUUUUAAAUGUACGAAAGAGUUGUAAGAUAGUUAGAUAGCAUGAUCAGCUGGGAAUUGUGAUUUUGAGUUUUUCCAAAUCCAACCAACAACCACUGGAGUGUUAUAUAUAUAAGCUCUUGUUUUGUUGACCUUUGUUUGCAGUAACAGCAUGAUGGAUUCUUCCCCUUUCUUGGGAACCGAUUCUUUCCCCAGUAACAAUCUUAGAAAAUGCAAGAUUCUUCUCGCCUUUCUUCUAACCCUUGUGGUCGCUCUCAGCUUUGUUGGGUUUGCAUUGAGAGGCAGCAUAAAUUUUGAGGUUGUACCAAGGUUUGAAAGUUCUAAUGAAGGUGCAUUAAGAAAUCAGGCAGACAUUGUUGAAUCAGAACAUGGAGUUGUUGCAGCCGAUGAUGCGCGGUGUUCAGAGAUUGGUGCUUCAAUGCUUAGGCAGGGUGGCCAUGCUGUUGAUGCAGCAGUGGCAACUGCAUUAUGCCUUGGUGUUGUUUUCACAGCUUCAAGUGGCAUUGGAGGCGGCGCUUUCAUGGUUGUCCGGUCUUCUUCAACCUCUCAAGCCCAAGCUUUUGACAUGAGAGAAACCGCUCCUUCACAUGCUUCAAAGAACAUGUAUCAGAAUAAUCCUAAAGCUAAGAGCUCAGGUGCCUUGGCAAUGGGAGUUCCUGGCGAGAUAGCUGGCCUUCACGCAGCAUGGUUAAAGUACGGACGAUUGCCAUGGAAGACCUUAUUCGAACCGGCUAUAAAACUCUCUAAAGAUGGUUUUCUGGUAUCUCCAACUCUUGAAGAUUACCUUGCUGAUGAUUCAGAUAAAAUAUUCAAUGAUCCUGGUUUAAAAAGCAUAUAUGCACCUAAUGGAGUUUUGUUAAAAGAAGGGGAAUUGUGUUCUAAUGUGGAACUUGGCCGCACCUUAGAGGCAGUCGCAGAACAAGGGCCACAAGCAUUCUACAAUGGGACUAUUGGUAAGAAGUUAGUGAAGGAUGUAAGAGAAGGUGGUGGAAUUUUAACAAUGGAGGAUUUAAGAAAUUAUAAGGUGAAAAUAACAGAUGCAGUAACUUUGAAUAUGAUGGGAUACACAAUAUAUGGAAUGCCACCUCCUUCAAGUGGAACACUAGGCCUAGCUUUGGUUCUAAACAUCUUCAACAGUUAUAGAGAUCCUGAAGCUGCAAAGGGCGAUCUAGGCCUUCAUCGAUUAAUAGAAGCGUUGAAACACAUGUAUGCUGUCCGAAUGAACUUGGGCGAUCCGGACUUCGUAGACAUCAGUUACACUGAAUCUGAAAUGCUUUCCCCAUCCUUUGCACAAAAAAUUCAGCGCAGGAUAUUUGACAACACUACUUUCCCCCCAGAGUACUACUUGAACAGGUGGAGUCCACUUAGAGAUCAUGGUACAAGCCAUUUCUGCAUUGUGGAUUCUGAUAGAAAUGCUGUAUCAAUGACAACAACAGUGAACUCUCAUUUUGGAGCUGGAGUUCUUUCUACUUCUACUGGCAUUGUGCUCAACAAUGAGAUGGAUGACUUCUCUAUACCAACUGAUAUAUCCCCUGAUAAACUUCCCCCAGCUCCAACAAAUUUUAUUGAACCUAAGAAAAGACCUCUGUCUUCCAUGACUCCUAUUAUCAUCACAAAGGAUGAUCAUUUGAUUGGGGUAAUUGGAGCCAGUGGUGGAAUUAACAUUAUUCCAGCAGUGAUUCAAGUGUUCAUGAAUCACUUCAUAUUGGGAAUGGAACCUUUGGAUGCAGUUCAAAGUCCAAGGAUCUAUCACAAGCUAAUACCAAAUGUAGUUAGGUAUGAGAACUUGACUGCUAAUGAUGGUGAUCACAUUGAGCUUUUAAAAUCAAGUAGGAUUUUCCUACAAGAGAGAGGCCAUCAAUUGAGUGAAUCUGGAGCCCUAGCUAUUACUCAGCUUAUUGUUCAAACUACUAAGAGUGAAGACAUAAAAAAUGUACAUAAAAAGAAUGGCAUUCUAACAGGUGUUAGUGACCCCAGAAAAGGUGGACGUCCUGCAGCUGUUUAAUAUUUUGAUUUUUAUCAAUUGAGAUUGGAACUUUUAAAACAAAAAGAAAGAUUUUUAGCCAUGUAUAAAAUACUUUGUACAUAUUCAAUUUCUCGUUUUAA